CCCCUUUGUCCCUCCCGCCGCCGCGCAGGCCCGGCGCCGCGAGGUUAGGCGGUGCGAGGCAUGAAGCUGACCAAAGCCCAGUACGAUGAAAUAGCCCAGUUCCUGGGGCAGGUGCAGCCCACCCGGCAGAGCCUGAGGAAGCUGAAGGAGAAGUUCCCUAGUCAAUCGCAGUCCACUCUGCUGAGCAUCUUCUCCCAGGAGUACCAGAAACAAAUCAAAAGAACACAUGCCAAGCAUCACACUGCUGAAGCUAUUGAAACUUACUACCAAAGGUACCUGAAUGGGGUGAUGAAAAAUGCAGCUGCCCCUGUAUUACUGGAGCUGGCCAAUGAGGUGGACUUUGCCCCAUCAUUGAUGGCUCGUAUUGUGUUAGAAAGAUUUCUACAAGAAAAAGAACAAGCCAUCCCCUCCAAAACUCUUAUAAAUAGUAUGCUACGGGACCCUUCUCAGAUUCCAGAUGGAGUUCUAGCAAAUCAAGUCUAUCAGUGUACUGUGAAUGACUGUUGUUAUGGACCACUGGUGGACUGCAUCAAACACGCUAUUGGGCAUGAGCAUGAAGUCUUGCUGCGAGAAAUGCUUUUGGAAAAAAAUCUCUCUUUCAUAGCUGAAGAUCAGCUUCGUGCAAAGGGUUAUGACAAAACACCAGACUUCAUUUUAGAAGUGCCAGUAGCUGUUGAAGGACAUAUAAUUCACUGGAUUGAAAGCAAAGCCUCAUUCGGUGAUGAAAGUAGCCACCAAGCCUACUUGCAGGACCAGUUUUGGAGCUACUGGAACAGAUUUGGCCCUGGAUUAGUCAUCUACUGGUAUGGAUUUAUUGAAGAGCUGGACUGCCAUCGUGAACGUGGUAUCCUGCUAAAAGACUGCUUUCCUACCGACAUUGUGACUCUGCGACACAGCAUGGCUCAACGCUGAUGUUGGGAGGAAGAGGUACUGUAACAUGCAAUUUUCUGGCGUACUGAAGUCCAAAAGAACAAUGUGCAGGAGCUCUCGAUGUGGGUUACUUCAGAAGAUGAUUACCAUCCUGGUGUUCAAGAAGGGGAGUAAAAAAAAGAUAAAACAGUGCUUCAUACUGGAUCAGUUCCACAAGACAAAUAAAGCACACAAAUGGGUGUAAGUUUCCUGCAUACUUAUGUAUUCUUGUAAGAGCACUGGUUUUCUCUUGUUGGAACCACCAAGAUCAGAGGUACAUUGAGGUGGGUGUUAGCCCUCCUUGAAGUUUUGAGGAGUUCAGUCUCGUUCUAUUUCCAUCCUCAUUGCCACUCAGAGGGGCAGUAUUGGGCCUCAGGUUUGUGCUCUCAGUUAGAGGUUUCUUAAUGAUAGCAGCUUACUGUGCUUGACACUCUUUAAUGCUCUUUUCUUUGCUAACUGGCAUUCAGGAAAGGACAAAAUAAUUUAAAAAGUCAAUGAGAGUUUUGCAUGUAUGCUCACCAUGUUCAGAUUUUCAGAGAAGCAGAGGUACAGAUUCUGUUGUAGAAUUAAAUUUGUGAAAACAGUCUCCCUAAAGCACAAGUUAUAACCUCUUCCAUAAGGAAAGGGUCUUUAAAACAUUACAGUGCAUAUUCAUCAUCUUUUUUCAGUUGAGGUGAUACUUUCUGUGCCUGUAUGAUUUCAAAAAUCACAUGCAGACUUUUUACAGUCUUGCCUUGAGUUAAAAGGGUAUUAAUGCUAUUCAUUUUUUUUCCAGCUAUAGUUUUCAGAUGCAUACACAGUAUUUUUAUUUUGAAUUUUUAGUUCUCGCUUUAACACUUUUUGAUAAGUUUCAGACAGGAGUUUAUCAUUUUGACUAAUCCUUAAUUUUCAGGAAAAAAUAUCUUUAGUCUUCCAAGUACUCUGUCCCUUGCUGCAGAGAUAAGCUAGUAUAGCUCCACUACGGUGAGUUAUUGUUGCAUAGAGAUUAUUUUCCUGGGUUUGAAUGUGUUAUAGUGGAAAGAUUUAUUUUUUAAAAAAUAUUCAAACACCUGUAACUCACUUAUGUUCAACUAUUUAAGGUAUUGUGCUUAGCUUAUUUUACCUGACCAGCUUUAAGGAUCUGCCCGUAAAGAUGCACAGAAGCAAUCUGUGAAGUGUACCUGCCUGAUGCUACACAGAAGCUGCAUUUAGGGUGUUGCUGCCCCUGGGACUUUUAACUGUGGUUUAGGUUAGUGGAAUGUGUAAAAUCAAGACAAGAAUAAAAAAGAAGAAAUAACUGAACAUUAUCAUAGUAGCAAAUUCAGAAGUAAUGGUUGUCUGAGUGAAAUGCGUUUUAAGGGCAGACUGAAUUUGUUUUAGCUAGUGCAUAUGCUUUCUGUUGUAUGAAAUCAUUUAAAUCAGCUUUUACAUGAUGCACUAACGCUGCUUUUUCUUUUUGAAUAAAUUAAAUUUAUCUGCACAGAUGUUGAAAAUUCUGCUCAACUUCCAUCAAAGCUUUGCUUUAUUUGUUUUUACAUUAAACAAAUUUAUGUGGGGACACACAGAUAAAUCAAGUUAGGCUUGUAUUUGUUUAUUUAUUCCUCUACCUAAUGCUGUGACAUAACAGGUUGGAAAGCAGUACAGCUGUCUUUAAUCAAAGCUUUGACCUCAUCUUUAUAUAUUGCCCCCUUUAAGAAUCUUUGUAUUAGAAUGAGGAUGAAAUAAGCCACAAAAGCGUACAUACUGUAGUAAUUUCAUUACAUGCCAUCGAACAAGCUUUGCCACCACAAAAAUUACGCUGUGUCACUAUUUUAAGUGCUGAAAGCAGACAUUAAAAAAAUUAAGACUACUUUGUUAUUCCUACUUGUAUCUUGCAAAAAACUCUCAUUUGUGUAUUUUCUUUCUUUAUCAGAUGUAACCGUCAACUUUAAGAUUAAAGAGGAGAGACUACUGUUUGU